AUGUCGAAGCCUACACGUAAAGUUUUAGCAUUAAAUAAAAGGGUCAAGGUCAUCAACUUGGCGAAAGCCGGGAAAAAUGGUCGACAAAUUGUCGAUGAAAUAGGUGUUGUCUCAAGUUGGAUACCCGAUGUUGGUGAUGGAAGUGUUUUAAAAGAACCGGUAAGAAAUGUUGCAAAUGAUGCUGAUUUAGAUAGAGUGAGAGUUGUUGCUCGAAACACAAUAGAAAGAGUAGCACGAGCAGCUAAUCAUGGAUUUGAAAAACGAGUACUUAAUAUAAUAAUAUUGUUGAGAAUAAUAGGUGGGGUAAUUACGUAA